AUGACCAUUUUCUUCUCUUCCAUUACUACUAUUACAACCCUUCUCUUCGCCUUCCUCCUCCUCCGCAGCGUCCUCCGAGCGGUACUCAGUCCCCUUCGCAACGUCCCAGGACCGUUCCUCGCUCGGUUCUCCCGCCUCUGGUACCUGAGACAGGUCCUCCGGGGCGACUGGGAGAAGGUAGAUAUUGAGCUGCACCGACGGUAUGGCCCCAUCGUCCGCAUCGCUCCGAACGAGUACUCGAUAGACGAUGUGGAUGCUGUGAAGAUUAUCUACGGGCAGGGGAGCAAGUUCACCAAGUCCCCCUGGUACAUUGCCUCAGGAAACCCCUCCUCACCCCCCCACGCAUCAGACCUCUUCUCCGAGCUCUCGCCAACCCGCCACGCCCUCAACCGCCGCCAAGUCGCCCAGCUGUACUCCGUGACCAACCUACUGAAAAUGGAACCUUGUGUGCGCGAGUGCACUGCGCUGCUGACGGCGAGGUUCGAGGAGUUUGCCCGUAGCGGCAGCAACCUUCAGAAGGGGGAGGUGGUCGAUUUACAGCACUGGCUACAAUGCUACGCGUUCGACGUCAUCGGGCUGAUCACCGUCGCGCGACGGUUUGGGUUUUUGGAUAAGGGGGAGGAUUCCUACGGGAUUUUCGCCGCGCUGCAUGCCUACCUCCGGUAUUGCGCUGCCGUGGGCGUGUAUUGGGAGCUGCAUCCUUGGCUGUAUCGACUGCUGGCGCGGUUCGGCGCGAGCGGGACGGCGUAUAUCACUGAGUUUGCGAGAAGGCAGAUUGUUGAGAGGAGGGAGUUGAUGCAGAAGAAAAACCUGCAGGAUGAUGACGCUGCUGAUGACAACUUCCUGUCGAAAGUCCUGGCCAUGCACGACGAAGAUCCAGCGCGAUUCACCGAAGGCCACGUGCUGACGACUUGCAUAAUGAACAUUGGCGCGGGGAGCGACACGACGAGCAUCAGUCUAAGCGCUAUUUUGUGGUAUCUGAUCAAGACGCCGCGGUGUUUGGAGAAGCUCCGCGAUGAAAUCGCCCACAAAGAAUCAACAGGCCAGCUUUCGAACCCGGUCACAUUCCAGCAAUCGCAGCAGAUGCCCUACCUGCAGGCUGUCAUCAAGGAAGGUUUGCGCAUGCACCCUGCCACAGGGCUACCGCUGGGCAGAGUAGUUCCAAAGGGGGGAGAGACGAUAGCGGGAAGAUUCUUUCCAGAGGGGGUGAUUUUCAAGACUAUCGUCGGUAUAAACACCUGGGUCGCCCAUCGAAACAAAGACAUCUUCGGCUCCGACGCUGAUACUUUCCGUCCGGAACGAUGGCUAGAAGUAGAAGAUGAUGAAGAUGAAGAGGUUAAAGCGCGGAAGAUGGAGAGAUAUUUCUUGCCUCUUGUGCGGACUUUUGAUUUUGAUCUUGCUGAUGACGUCGACGACGAGGAUGAUGAUUAUGCGCUGCAGACGGAGAAUGUAUGCUUAGCUAGGUCAUACAGCACCUACGGAGGUAUAUACCAUAAUUACUAA